CUUUCUGAACGUAUUCCCAACUGAGGGACAACCAGAUUAUGUUAUCAAUCAAAAUAACAACAACUCAAAACCACAAUAACACCCAACUAUUGCGGGUAUCCGAUCUGAUACGCCGUUUUUCGUAGAUAAGACGCUGUCUGACAAUCGUCAACAAGGCAGCACCGAAAUCCAUCCGUUCCCUAGCGUGUCCCCAUCGCACGUUAUCGUGUAAUUUCAUUCGCGUCUCCCUCGUGCACAUAGAAUCGAACCGAUCGCUGGCGCGGCUGGUGCUGUGACCUCGAAGACCGCGAGCACACAUGCAUAACUGUGCGUUCGACAGACGUCAUCGUCGUACAAUCGUGCAGCUUCGUGUUCAAUACGGGUCACAUGCCGUGACGCUUGCCACGCAAUCCGAGAUGCGAUAUCCGCUUCCACGGCUCGCCUGCCAGACAGUGCUGCACGGUUCAAAGGGGGGACCGCUUCGUAGUAUCCGUGCAAAAUGGAGAGGUUCGGCGAUGACAUGUCACUCAACAAGCUGUUCGUCAAGGAGGUGGAAAAGAGGAGAUGUCUGUACGAUUACACCUUCCAAGAUUACUCGAACAAGGACCUGCAAGACAGGAGCUGGCAGGAGAUUGCUGACGUCGUCGGUAGCACGGUGCACGAAUGUAAGUCGAGAUGGAAGAACCUGAGAGCUGGACUGACGCGAUACCUAAGCAGGCCGUUAACGUUGUCCGGUGCCAGAUACGUAAAGAAAUAUUACCUUUUCGAUGAUCUGCAGUUCAUAUUGCCCUUCAUCCGAGCUCGCCACCGCACGGCUAUGAACGAUGGGGCUGAUCUGGACCAAUCGGACGGCAAUCCGCACGUUGCUGAGAACGACGAAGAGGUUUCCCAAGACGUGGACAUGGACAUCAAACCGCACAUACUGUUGGACGAUCUCGAGAGUAACUCCGACGAUUAUACGCACUUUUUCGAGCAGAAUCUCAGACAGAAGAAACGUAAACCAGUCCAUAAUAAUCACCAUAUGGAAGAAGUGCCGAGAGUGAAAGUACCAAGGAAGACUGUACAGAACGAUGAUGUGUUGGACUUGUUGAAGAACUGUGUUUCGGAGAGUCCGAGAGAAUCCAAUCCAGAUUUGGAUUUUUUCAGAAGUAUCUUACCCGAUAUAGCCGAUUUCACUCCUGUGCAAAAGAGAUUGUUCAAGAGGAAAGUUUUACAGGUUAUCGAUGAAAUAGCUUGUACGUAGUUUAAGUGUUAUGUUGUUGAUGUUUAUGGAUGCAUGUGUGAUGGAUUAAAUUAUAUACUUUUUUAUCGA